AUGGGCUACUGUUGUGCGUACUGUCUUUGUCAAUGUUGUGGAUGCUGUAGCUGCUGUAAUAAUGAAAAUGUUUUAACUAUCAAGGGCAAAUACUUUGAGAUUAUUACCAUCUUGGAUGAAUCUUCAAAUUAUACCAUCUAUUUGGUCAAAUCUAUUCAGGGACCUAUUGAGACUUAUCCCUCUACAGAAGAAGAGGAACAACAACAAUAUAAUGAUAGAACACAAAAAAAAAAAAAACAAUUAUCAAAUUUAUAUUGUGUUAAAAGAAUCAAAUAUGAAGAAAAUGAAAAUCAUGCCCUUACUGAAAUCAAAAACUUGCAGAAAUUCCAUAGGUUAAAAGAUAGCUCAAGGAUAAACCCCUAUAUUAUAAACAUGCUUUUAUUUGAAAUAGAAAGUAAUAAUAGUACCAAUAAUAGUAAUUCAUCACGUUCAUUAACUACUCACACGUAUGGAAUUUGUGGCAAAAUAUUAUCUUUACUGGGUUUAACCAAUAGUACUAAUGGUGGGGCAGAUAUGAAUGGGUUUACUCCAAUUCCGCAAGUUGAAUCAUCUUUUUCCUAUGCGGAUAUUUUAUUUCCCUACGGCUACACUUUACAAGAUGUGAUUAAUAAGUCCAUAUUAGUACCAGAACAGUUUUCUUUUGAUGUGCAUCAAAUUAAACAAUUGGGUAUUGGAUUAUGUAAGGGAUUAUUGACCUUGCAUGAACAGGAUUAUUCUUAUAAUAAUUUGAGACCCACAACAGUGCUAAUAGCGUAUGAUUAUGACACUAUGGUUGCUGAUAUAAGUAAACCGCAAUUGUGUGAUUUAAGUAUUACUAAAAGAUAUCCAUUUAAAAAGGAGGAACAUGGUGAAAAUCAAGAUUUGUUAAUAUAUUCGUCUGAUGUAAGCUAUUCGCCACCAGAAUUCAUACUCGAUGCUUCAAGUAUAUAUAAUCACAGUGACAAUAAUGUUAACGAAGAAAGCAAUUUAUAUACAAUACAGGAUGGUUCUAAAUGUGAUGUAUGGUCUUUUGGGUGUCUACUUUAUUGCAUGUUAUUGGGUGUAAAUCCAUUUAAAAGACAGGAAUUGUUGACUUCAAAUGUGUCUAUCAAGGAUUUAAUUAAAAAUGCAGAAUAUAGUUUCCCAUCAACGCUCACCAAUAAUACAAGCUUGUCUAUAAUCGUGUCUAUUAUACAGAAAUGUUUAAAAUUAAAUCCCAAAGAUAGACCUACCGUUAAAGAAAUUUUGGAUAUGUUGUCAAAUUGA